UGAUUCUCAUUUUAUCGACACACUUCGUUUUUGUUUACUAUGACGUCACUCACCGGAAACCUCACGUGUUCGUAACCAGGAAGUAAGUCCUUUGAAAACAAGCAUGGUGUCCCAUGCAGUUCAAGUCUUUGCUUUCGUUGCUAACAUUUAUUGUUGUGUCAGCGUGUUACAGUUUGUGGGUUGACAUAAGUACAAAACAUUAACAAUAACAGCGAGCUCUUGUAAUAAGAUCCCGUUAUGUGUGACGAUAACGACACAAGUCAGGCUUUUUCUGCGCCACCAAACUCUGACACUCGUCUUGAUCAUCAACUCCAACCCUAACGUGAUAUUUGCUGGGAAACAACAGAGAUAUUUGGAGAUUUACGAGUAAAAAUAAGGUUUUCUUUUCUGCCAGUGAUGUCUCUGAGUGAAAAGCGACAUGUUUCGUCAGAAACGUGUGAGACGGAUCUGGAUGGGGUUUCAGAGCUGAUGGAUCUGCUGCGCAUGGACCUGGAUCCUGAUGGAGAGCAAAGAAAAGCUGAGGGAGGCGAUGCACCGUGUUCUUCUAAGAACGUACUAAGGAAGCAGCGACACUGGGAGAGGCAGCUGGCUGCCAAGAAGAGCAAACGCAAAGAAGAGAAGCAGAGGCGGAGGUUGAACCGCGCCCAGGAAUCAGGUGGCGACAUGGACGCCGCUCAGUUCAGCAAGCGAGUCAUGAAGGCGAUCACCAAAGAGCGUCUAGCAGAGGCUCGCUCCACGGGUCGGAAACUUUGCGUGGACCUCAGCAUGACAGACUGCAUGUCUGACAAGGAGAUAAGCCGGCUGGCGGGCCAGUUACGACGGCUGUACGGGUCGAACAAGAAGGCGACUCGGCCGUUUCACCUGUUCCUGACGGAUCUGAGGGAGGACAGCCGACUCUACCGGGAGUGUGUCCGAAUGAACGACGGCUUCCUCGGCUACGCGAUGGAAAUAACAGAGGAAAGCUGUUUGGACCUGUUCCCUUCAGAAACGGUCGUUUACCUCACCCCAGAUGCCCAAGAAGCUUUGCAGACGGUGGACGCUGACACAGUUUACGUCCUCGGCGGCCUGGUGGACGAAAGCAUCCAGAAGAAGCUGAGCCUUUCCAGAGCGGCGGAGCUGAGCGUCCGCACCGCCAGGCUCCCUGUGGACGAGUACAUGGUGAAGAAAAACAACGCAAAGAAUUUCCACUCCAAGAUCCUCGCCGUUAAUCAAGUGUUUGACAUCUUGUUAAUGUUCUCGGAGACCGGCAGCUGGACGCAGGCGCUGCAGACGUGGUUUCCUGCAGGAAAGGGUUACGUCAUCUCACCGGAAAACUCAGCACGUUUUCCUGUUGAGGAGCAAUGAACGAAUGAAUGAGUUAUUAGGUUUUUUUUAAGGACAAUAAGCUGAAGAGACUCCUAAUAUUACCUGGUACACUAUGGUGUGUUUAUGUUUUAUGCUACUUGGCACCAAAUUAUUAAAUCUGAAGCUUUGGAGAGGAAACAUGCAGAAAAUCUAACAUAAAGCUGCAUGUAUUCAGCGUGCAGAAAAUUAUUUCUCCAUCCAUCUUCUACACCGGUUUAACCGCUUCAGGCCGUGGGAUUAUUUAUCACUACUGUCAAAACUUACAAUGGUCUCUUUGUGCCCUACAACAUGUUUUUGUUGGCAUUGCCUCUCCCUGAACUUUGACUGUGUUUCCUUGGAAAAAUGUCGAAUUAAUUCUCAGCGAGAAAAAAAAAAAAAAGAGUCUGAUGGGAAUGAGUCAAAUGCCCAGACACGCUGUCACAAAAAAA